CGGGAAGCGUGCUUUGUUGGGAUAAGCAUUAAAGGAUUGAUGAAGGCUUCGUUGGAGGGGUUGGACAGCAAAAGGAGCCAUGACAAGACAGUGACAUUGUCGUCACUUUCAUACUGAGCACGGGGCCGAUGUCUGUUUGACGAUUGAACGUGCCUGACGAUCGCCGUUCUGAAACGGUUUUUGCUGCCGAGGCUGCCCCGGCCUGCGUUGGAUUUAAGCUGCUUCUUGCCAAGACGGCUCUUCGUAACCAGCCAAGCGCUUCAAAUCAGCGACCCACUUCACCGGUGAUCCCCUCGAGAAAUCGAGACCAAGUCGUUGACCGUGAUUCGCACUCGAUUCAGACCUUGACCUGGGGAAUGGCCGUCCGGGACAUCUGGUGCUGGUUAUUACAUACAGCCUAUUCCACCAAUCAUCCCAUGCAUAUUCAUACAAUUGCCGUUGCGAGAAAGGAACAUGGCAAAGAGCAGGGGUUCAUGAUCCCGACGCGAGCGAGCGGCUGUUCUGCGAGCAAACGUGAGACCGCGCCACAAACCCGCUAACCUCGUUUGGGCCGACCUCCUGAGAUUCCUCUGGUGUCUGAUGGCCUUCGCCUGAAAAACCUACCAUUCAUUAACCCAGCCGUGCCCACCGCCGUUUUUUGUCCCCUGUUUGAACUUCUUUUCAAUGUUUGGCGCUUGUGUUUUCCCUGUUCAUUUUCGCGAUCUCGAUACCCUCUCCUCCAGCGUGGUUUUCUUUUGUGUCAGCAAUAUCAUCCUACAUAGACUACUACCACCGUCAACACCACACCACACCCAACCUCAUUACACUCGCGAAUAGGGUACCGAGCGCCUCCCCCUCCACUUUCCCCAUAGCCCUUGCGAGCAGGCUCUUCGCGCUCCCACAACAAACAACAUGAGUUACGCAGGGUACAACCCAAACAACAACCCCUAUAAUCAAGGUGGUGACGGCGGCGGCUACGGCCAGGGCGGAUAUGGUGGAGGAAAUAGCCCUAGCGGCUACAGCAAUCCUUUCGACGACCGUAAUGCGGCCAACGUCGAGAUGAACUCGCUCCCCACAUCCUCCUCUAGACCAACCCAGAGUUCGAUCCUCCAAAAAUGCUCCGAAAUCAGCAACGAUGUUCGCAGCCUCGAAGCCCUUCUAGACAAGUUUUCCAAUCUCCAGGUAAAGCUAUCGGGUGCGACAAACCAAGGGGCCAUCCGAGAUGAAAUCGAUACUCUAACGGCAAACAUCAUGGACCGGUUCAGGGCGCUGAAGGACCGUGUUCGGGACGUCAAGACCGACGACCACCAGCUAGGGGGCAACAACAGGCAGGUCGGGCUGGUUGAGCGACAGGUACAGGCCGCCAUUCAAAAAUUCCAGUCGCUGGAGGGCGAGAACAGGAAGAGGAUACGAGAUCAGACAGAACGUCAAAUCCGCAUCGUGAAGGGAGACAUCAGCGACGCUGAGAUGCGCCGGAUGGUGGACAGCGAGCCCGCCGUCUUCUCGCAGGCACUUAUGCAAAGCAACCGCUCCGGUCAGGCGAGCUCUGUCCUGGCAGCAGUGCGGCAGCGCCAUCAGGAGAUGCUGGAAGUAGAGAAGAGGUUGAACGAGCUUGUGGAGCUCAUGGAGGAGAUGCAAGAGUUGCUGGUGAAGCAAGAAGCGGUCGUCAUGCAGAUCGACCAGCACGCCGAGCAGGCCGCAGAGGAUAUGGUCAAGGCGAAUGAUGAGCUCGUGGUGGCUGUAACAACCGCCAGGAAAACGCGCAAGAAGAAGUGGAUUUGCCUCGGCAUCUGCGUCGCCAUCAUUGUCAUUAUCGUUGUGGCUGUCGUGGCCUAUGUGAUGAUAACAAGACAGCCGGCCCCAGCUCCGGCCCCUCCGGCCGCCGCCCCUGGCCCUGCUCCUACUCCUGCCCCUACUCCGGCUGCCGAACAGAAACGAAGCAUCUUUGAACGAAACGUUUUCGAUGAUCUUCAUAUGAACGAUGCUCGUGCCGUCAAACUCGCUGGCGAGCCAAGCGGUCAACUCUCGCAGAUCUCGAGGAGGCGGCUAAACAGAGUGCCAGAUCAACCCAUGCACAAGCGAUUUAUUGUUGAGUGGGAUGUGGGAUCUGAUGGCUCUUGAAAGGGUUCUCAAGCCCUCAAUUCAUAAAUAAUAGGAAGAUUACUUGCUAACAAGUCCUCAACCCAACGCAUCGAUGUUUGUGUUGGUGAUGAGCUGCGCCGAGGCGCCUGGAAAGCUUGUUGGCUUGUCAUUUGCAUGUCGUAAUCGGUACCGGGUGAGUUCUCGUUAUAAACCGGGGGCAUGGAUUGUCCUUGAUUCUGUAUACAUUUGUUUUGUUUCCAGGGAGGAGUAGAGGUCGUUAACACAGUCUGUGUCGUUAUGGGAUACCAAGGUAAAAUGGCAUUGGUCACAAUGGCUUUUAAAGGCAAUGCUUUGUCAUAGCAUAGCAAAGGGGUUUAAUACACUUUUUUUCGUAUUGAUUACCGGA